GUGCUUCUGGAGGCGAAGAAUAGAAGAGAAGUGGGCAUGGACUGGUAGUUCUUUGUAUUUCUUGUUACUAGGAGUGCUCGUUUGUAAAGGGGUGUAAUAUCAUCAAGCCGAUGUAUCGCUAUGCACCUGUUCUCGUAUAAUUUAAUAAAUUGGAUUUCAUUUAUUCCAAACUAAGUAUUGAGUCUUAAGAAAUCUUCUGACACAACAAGCUAUGAUGGUCGACACGUAGGCAAACACCAUACCACUGAAAAAUGGAAAUGCUUUUUAUUAUUUCAUGGGAAUGAUCCUGGAUUCGUCAAAACAUUUGAUGUUCUAGACCUAAAUAUGGAAUAAUCUUCAGCAUGCAGUCAGGAAAUGAAGGGAUAGGUCGAAAAAGGAGGAGGAUGAGGUCUUAAAAGGUAGAUUAUGACUGGAAGUGCAAUGAAAUGAAGAGAUAAAGAUGAUGCGCCAUUCAGCUAGACCGACCAAGACAAACAUUGUCAUUGAGGACUCUCACAUUGAAGGGAGCGACGACGGGUUCGAUCCUGGACCCAUGGGCAGGCGUCAUCGUCCUGUCACAGCACUGAUUCGACGUCGAUCAUCAAAACUUGAAAAUCUUGUCCGAUCAGUAACACGAGAAGGAGACUUCGAUGCAGACGAUGGUCUCCAUGAAGACAGGGUUCCGAUGUCGGUUGUUGGUAGGAGAGCUGCGUCGGCUCCUCAUCGCAUGUCUAUCACAUCGUUCUACGCAGACUCGUCUCCUCUUCCUUAUCAUCCAGAGACACAUGAACCUCAUAUUAAGGUACCAAUUGUGAGAAGACAAUCAAUUAAAGAGGAGGAACGGAGACCAUCUAUUAGACCCCGGUCCACAGUGACCUUAGAACGACCGCCAUUGAUACCUAGACGACAACGUCCCAAGACUGCGAUUCAACUACGACGAGAGAGCGCGCCUCCUAAGAAGAAACCCGAUGAGAUGGCCGGUGACGACGGGAGCGAUGACGAGGAGAACUCGAAUUCAGGGUCAAAUUCAGACUCCGAUUCGUCGCUGUCGACGUUGGAGUCGUUGAGAGAACUGAAGAACAGGAUUGACGAGAUCGUCGGAGCUCCGUCUGUCACCGCGAGUCGUUCAGUGCGCCGAGGUUCGGUGACGAGUGCCACAAACUUCACCAUGAAGGCAAAAACGGAAGAAGCGCAGUCACAAAUGGUUGCCGAUUAUGUCAUUCGGCGUCGACCUACUAUGAUCUCCAAUGAACGUCGAGGCAGAUCAGUGACGAACCUGAUAAAUAGACUUCCAUCUCAACAAAUGGCAUCGGAACAAAAUAGAAAUCGCACGCGAGGUAGAUCGGCUAGUUUGGCAACGACGUCAGUUCUACCGCAGCGUAGUAGGCGUGCCACAACCGCCUCGCGCCAGCGCACGAAGAGCGUCACCACCAUCGGUGGUCAAACGUCGCCGGGUGUGCAGAUGUUUGAAAGCAGACGAGCCAGCAUCGCCAGCACUUUUCGAGACGCUAACGGCUCGGUGUCCUACCAAGCUAGGAAGAACCUUAGAAGGGGUUCCCUCUUUGUUGAUUCGAUUGUGAUUGAUGAGGAUUAUGAUAGACGAGGAUCACUUCUGCCACCUGAGGAUAUCCUCCCUGGUCAACGAGGGUCGUUUGAAGGGAUGAAGAGGAGUACGUUGAGCAGACGACGGUCACCGUUACCUGAGGAUCUUAACAUCGCAGUCCCGGAUCGGAUGUCAGUGAAACUUGCUCGAGAACGCUUCAGAAGAAUUGCCCGGCUUGUGCUUAAUUGCGUCAAAAUUUGCCGACGAAGUUACUUAAACAUUGAGGAAGAACGGUCAGAGUUUCAAUCAUUCAUCCAAGUAGGAACUAGAUCACAUGAUGGCGAUCGACUGUUCUUUGAUCCUGAUUAUUUCAAGGCUGAUAAAUCCCAACGUUUAUCUGAAGAAACAAAACGAAUAUUGACGGCUCACCCGCAUAACAGAACAGAAAAAGAUCUGAAGUAUGUGCAGAUUGCGUUACGUAACAUCAAGGCAUUCGCUGAGUAUCCAAUCAGAAUGCAAGGAAGACUGUGUAAAGCAGGAUGGCUCGAAACAUAUGGUGCUAAUCGAGCUGUUCUCCGGCAGGGCCACCCUCCCCAUGCAUUCUACUUUAUCUUAUCAGGAACAUUAAUUGUGACAAUAUUCAUGAUGCAUGGGCCAAAAGGAAAGCCAUCCACUCAGACCGUUGCUUUCUUGAGGAGGGGACAAAGUUUUGGAGAGCUUGCCAUCUUGAACGAGACCGUUCGUGCUUCUACUGUUAUCACCAAGUCACGAUGCGAGCUUCUUGUUAUAUCUGUCGAGGAUUUUCAGGAUAUUUUCAUGGUCUCAGGAGGUAUUAAGAGUGUGAACGACCCCGAUCAACACGCAUUCCUGACAUCUCUUCGUUUCCUCACUCACUGGCCCAUUCACAUCAUACCAACACAUCCGAAAGAUUGUCUCUUCCAUUUCUUUGCCACUGGCGACGUCUUAGUUCAAGACAGCAACCAAUCGGACUGGAUUUAUAUCAUUAAAUCUGGAAGUUGUUCAGUCUUGAAGAAGCUGAAAAGUGUCCCAGAGAAUGUCCACUCAUCUUACAAGAGGAAGGAUGUUUGUAUGACAUGGAACAAAGAUACCACACUGGUUGCAAGUAUCAUGGAUGACAAGAACAAAUCACCGAGCCGAAAGAAAGUAAAAGUCAACAACAACAACAGACGAGACAUACCUAGCUCUGAGACCAGUCGUAGAAGUUCUACUACAGUCAGCAGUAUUUCAAUCAAGGGGCAUGGUAGUGAGACUAGCUCUGUCAUACCACCGAUCACAAGAAAGAGCCAAGGUGUAUAUCUAAAGACAGGGUCAGCGAGAGAUGAUGGAAAAGAUGACAAUGACAGUGGUUCAGAUGUGGAGAAGGAAGAACUUGGUGAAGACGGACUUCCGGUUAACUUUGUCAAUCAACGACGUACCUUUCAUACUGAUCUUGAUAUAGCUAAGAAAACAAGUGAUCAGCCGACGGAUGCCGAUAAGGACCCAAUGUUUGUUACGAUACAACUACUCCUCAAGGGAGGUGUCUUUGGAGUGAAUAAUAUUGUCUUUCCCGACCAACCAAGCCUGAGUCUUAUCAGUAAUGGAGCAGAGUGUAUCAUGAUAAGAAAGAGUUUCUAUCUGGAACACGCAGCAGAAGACACUCUUAGUUUGCUCAGGAAAAAUGAAUUCCCUUACCCGACCGAGGAGCAGCUACAGGAGAAACUACAGAAACACAUGAAUUGGAACGCUUACAAAGACCAUACAGUCAGAUCAGUGGUCUUCCAAUCAAGAGCUCAUAAAGCGCAACAACUAACAUCAGUACACCGAUAGACAAUCCGAUCGUAAGAUUCUCCUGCUUGACCACGCUCGCCCGCCCCCAUCCUACCAUACCAGGCAACCCUCUAUACUUAGUUGGUCUUCAUAAACUUCAGAAGAAUAAGUGUGUUAAUCAUCGUUUGUUUGUAUAUCAUAUGAUACAUAACUUCAGAUGUAUAAGAAAAUACUUUGAUGAUGAAAACAGUUGUCCACGCACGUAUUAUCAGUUAGCUAAAUUGCUGUAUGGGCUCCCCUCGUCUCAAACCAGGCCCCGGGGAGUCACUCUCCACAUGGACUGCUACCCACCCGUGUCCAACAACCUCAGAAAUGCACCCUAAAUGGCGUAAUGACAUUAAGUAAAUUUGCAAUCCUAAAUGGCGUAACCCAUGAGAAAAGCCACCCUAAACGGCGUGAACAGGAAAAUCCCCUAAUUUGAUUCCCUAAGUGGCGUAAAUAUCAAAAUCGAUGUUAUACCUGUGGGCGUGUGGGUAACGCAUGCUGCCUAGUAAGUAUAGAGCCAGGUGUCAGAGACUAGCUAGAACUGUAUGGUGGGGUAACUCUCAUCACGGAUCUAAUAGUAAUAGGUCCAUGCUCUCAUAAGUGCUGCUCUGGCUGCGCCGGCGUGUGGGAUUAUUUUGUAUCCCUUAAAAUCGCCUUUCAUGGUGUUUAUGGCUUAUGUCUGCUCCCGGGUCUCCUCAAAUUUGCCCCAAUUUGCACCCCUAAAUGGCAUAAUUCCCCGCAUAAUUUUCAUAACCAAAUUAGCAACCCUAAACGGCGUGAAGAGAGAAAGAAAAGGCUACCCUUAUCAGCGAUUUACGAGCGAAUGGUGCUGAAAUGCAACCCUUUUUUGCCAAAGACGUCGACACCACCCGAGUGCCUGAAACGGGACCCUUUUCGACGCUUUUUCUGGACGCGGGUGCGUAGCAGGCCAUGUGGAGAGUGACUCCCCCGGGAACCAGGCAUCUUCAGCAAAUACAAAACACAUGUGCACGGAUGAUUUGUAGUAAACCUAGAUUUUCCAGGAUCACCCCUGUCUUAAGAGAUCUGCACUGGCUUCCAGUUCGCCAACGAAUAUCUUUGUUAGUUGUUACUAUAUUUUUCAUUACAAGACAAGACAAAUGGGUGUGCCACACUAGUAUCUGAACCAUAACCAAGACAUUCCAAUGGGAGUAGAAAAUAUGGAACUAAUACUAGUAACAGAUAGUUCCAUGAUAUUGAGCUUAUGUGAUAUUAUUGUUACCUUUAAGUAGAUAAUAGCAAUGCAUCAAAGAAAGAAAAUAUAUUCGUGAUUUGUCAUGGAGUAAAUACAAAUGUGAAAUUAUCAAUAGACUGAUGAGUAAGACUUAUCUAUGAAAAUUAAGAUAAAGAAUUUCUUGUAAUUUCAAUAUAAUUGAAUGCUAUGUUAGAUUUCAAUCAAUUGAUGAGGGAAGCUUACUUCGGCAAAUAAAUAUAUAAUUCAAUUUAAUUGAAUGUUCUGUUUAAUGUUAUGUAAUAAUAUUUUAUUUUGUUUAUGUUAAUUGUAAGAGAUGUGUUCUUUAAUACUAUAAAUAUUGAAUUCUUUAUAAUCAAACAAAAAUAUAAUCUGUAAACUGCAAUGAAAAAUCAUGAAUUUGAAUAAUGUACAAAAUUUCAUCUCAUGAAAUUGAAUAAAUUACUUUAAAACAGUAAAGCAU